CUCUUCCUUCAAAUUGUUUCUUUUCUCAGCAGCUACGUGCUUUGUAUUUCUUGCAUGGGAAAUGUGCACCCAAAUAAUUUUAUUAAUUGUUUUAUUGGAGUAAUUACUUUGAUGACAUAGAGGGGAGUGUGUAUUGUGUAGACUUGUGAUGAAAGUGCCCCCCUCCCCUCGCCUCUUCUGUUUUUGAUUUGUCUCUGGAGUCUGCUGACCUCCUUGCUUGUCUCUCCUUUGUUUGUGCUGUUGUCUGCUGCGAUGCUGUUCACUGUAAUUCUUCACUGAUCUCUCUGCCCCCUGACACCCCUCCCUCUUGCCCCUGCCUCCACCUCCUCCAUCCCCUCUAGUCCGGUCCUGUGGGGUUCCGCAGUAGUACAGACGUGGAGUGGUUGUGUGAGCGGGGUUGCAGUACUAAGCCAGUUGUAGAUCACGUCUAGCUCUAAAGUAGAGGAGAGAGGCCAGAUGUUGGUCUCUCUCCAAUAUUUUUUUUUUAUGUUUACUUUUCUUUCUUUAUUUACUUGUUUAUUUUUGGCGGAGAGGAGGGAGUUAUUGAACAACCAAAGCACAUCUUCAUAUUUAUGACAGGUCAUCAGCUCCAACUUGAAGAAUUAAGGUGAAGAGCAUUAAAUUGAUGUUUGAAGUUUUCCUGAUUUUUUUUUUUCUCCAGUUUUGCCUUCCUCUUUGUGUGCCUGUUAGUGCCAUUUGCUCCUGAGCAAACUUCCUCUGGUGUGUCUUGUCCUUUCUCUGGCUUAGUGCAUCCUGCAUGUUCUAACUGUGAGACUCGUCCCCACUGUUUGCUCCCUCACUCCCUCUCCUGCUCUUCUAGAGCUCUACGGUUUCCCACCCCACCACCACCAACACCCUCAUCCCCUCUCUGAGUGAGCUGCAUGGAAUCCAAGCAUCCACACCCCCAUCUGUCUCUCCUACAGCAUCAUUCCUGCUUCCCACCUUUUCACGUUUGGUUUCCUCUCUACACCAUUUUAAUCCAUCUUCUCAUCUCUUCCUGUCAUAAUUAUCCAAAAUACAUUGACUGAUGUAUUUGUGGUUGAGCUGAGGGACCUAGGUCAUAAUAUAGAAGGCAUGAAUCCAGAGCCAGAGUGAAGUGGAUGCAGGAUACACAAGCCAGCGCUGAGAUGUCUGUCUGUCUUCUCCCCUUGUAGACCACGGGGAGAUGAUGGAGAUGCAAGGUUUUGGAGGGAGUCCGUCAUCGUGGCAACAAACUGAAGCAGCUACUCAAGAGUUCCUGUGCCAGUCCUGCUCAACAGCUGGUAGCAACUCGUCAUUUGACUACACAGCUGGUUGCACCUGCCUGCAUCAACCGUUGGACAUUCAUAUUAUUCCACUGAAGAUGCUCUGUCAGAACAUGAAGCGGCAGAUCGUCUCCAGAGCCUUCUAUGGGUGGCUUGCAUACUGUCGACACCUGUCCACGGUGCGGACACACCUGUCAGCUAUGGUCACCCACAACAUUGUACCCCCAGACAGACCUUGUGAGGCAUCUGGAGGACUUAGCAAAGAGGUGUGGAGCAAGUACCAGAAAGACUGCAAGAACUACAAGGAGCUUGAGCUGCUCAGACUGGUUUACUAUGGAGGAGUCCAGCAUGAGAUCAGGAAGGAAGUGUGGCCCUUCCUGCUGGGACACUACAAGUUCGGGAUGAGCAAAAAGGACAUGAGCCAGAUUGAUGCGAAGAUCAGCGAGCGCUAUCAGCAGGUAAUGCGGGAGUGGAAAGCCUGUGAGGUCAUCGUCAAGCAGAGGGAGAAGGAAAUGCAGUCGGCCAUUUUUGCCAAGCUGUCGUCGGGCAGCAGCAUAGACAGCCACGUCCUAAGGCUCGCUCACAGAGACUCCACACUCAGUAAUGAGGUCUUCAUGUCUGUGGAUGAGCCAGAUGCAGGGAGUCAGGAGACCCCUAGUGGCGAGGACAGCACUCCUGUCAUGACCACCCUGGCCCCACCUGCUGCUGUGCCCCCAGAGGAGCGUCCUCUGGUAGAGUUUGACUCCCCCGACUCAGGUCUCCCUUCCUCCAGGAACUACUCUGUGACUUCUGCUCACUCUCAGAUCCUGUCCAGCAUAGACGAUGGUCAGAGCACUGAGGAGGAAGGUGGGGGUAGGGAGGAAGGCAGGAUUCCAGUAGGGGGGCGUCAGGACUCUUUUACUGAGGACAGGCUCUGCAGUCAGCUGGACAAACUGGUGACGAGUGGAGCCGCCACCGAGGCCAUCUCAGCCUCGCUCUCCUCUUACACAAUCGAGCUUCUGGACAUGGUCGCCCUCAACCUCCACAGGAUAGACAAAGAUGUACAACGCUGUGACCGAAACUAUUAUUACUUCACCACAGCCAACCUGGAGAAACUACGCAACAUCAUGUGCAGCUAUGUGUGGGAGCAUCUAGAGAUGGGCUACGUUCAGGGCAUGUGUGACCUGCUGGCACCGCUCAUGGUCAUCCUGGACGACGAGAGCCUGGCAUACAGCUGCUUCACUCAGCUGAUGAAGAGGAUGAGUCAGAACUUCCCUAAUGGUGGAGCCAUGGACACACACUUUGCCAACAUGAGGUCGCUGAUCCAGAUCCUGGACUCUGAGCUGUUUGAACUGAUGCAGCAGAAUGGAGACUACACACACUUCUACUUCUGCUACCGCUGGUUCCUGCUGGACUUCAAACGAGAGCUUCUGUAUGAGGAUGUUUUUGCAGUUUGGGAGGUGAUCUGGGUGGCUCCCAGGAUCUCAUCUCGCCACUUCGUCCUCUUCCUGGCCCUGGCACUGGUUACGCUGUACCGUGAGAUCAUCAUAGACAACAACAUGGACUUCACUGACAUCAUCAAGUUCUUUAAUGAGAUGGCAGAACGUCAUGAUGUGCAGCUUAUCUUGCGGAUGGCACGUGAGCUGGUGCACAAAGUCCAGUCUCUGAUGGACAACAAGUAACUCUACAAGGGAUAACUGGGAGGACUGGGAGUGUGUGCAGCCUGGUGUUCGAGACAGUUUCCUGGCCUCCACACAUCCAGACCUGGCUAUGGGGGUCCAAAUGAAAAUCCCAGUGGGGAUCCCAAAGGAGAUCCUAUUGGAAGUUCCAGUGAAGGUCCCCGUGGGGGUCCCAGAGGGAGCUCCAGUCGGGUUGCCAGUAAAGGUCCCAGUGGGGGUUCCAGUGGAAGUUGGGGAGCAUCACAUGACUGCUUGGCUCUUGCGUUCUGUUUACAUGUUCCUUCACCUGGAAUGCCCAUGGUGUCUGUUCAGACAUUUGGAUUUGUCUGCAUGCUAGUGAGUUAAAUCACACUGUGAACGCAUUCUUCAGCCCCCCAGUGUGUGCAUGAGAACACACACAUCUUUCUGGCUCUUCUCCCAGAGUCCCCUCCUUUUACUGACUCUGACUCUGGAACUCCUCAUUCGGGAAGCCAGUAAGGAAAACUGAAGCGCCAUCCAUUUGCCUAACAUGUUCCUCAGUGCAGCACCACAGGAGGCCCCAAGAGGGUAGCAUUUACACACAACAUUGUUGGAGGAGCAGAAGACUUUGCCACGAAGAUGCUUUCAUCAGUGACCAAAUGAACUGUGCCAACUACCUUUUCUCGAGUGUUUUCUACAAGCAUGUGUGUUUUUAGCUGUUCGCCACCUUUUUAAUGUUUCUUUCAUUGUAACCACAAAUGUUGCCUUUUAUUGACAGCCCAAGGUACUUAGAUGCACUUUUCACCUAGAGUAUCCUUAGUGGUGCUUAUGAAGGCUGCAUCCAACUUGCCGGAGGCAUGAAGCGGCAGUGAAUGAAUUGCAGCCAGUUUUCCUGCACAUGGCGUUAUGUGUCUGAAGCAUGUGUGGAACAAACCAGAACAGCACAACCAUAAAGGGAAAAGCACACAGACUUAAUUUCUCUGGUGGGUCAUUAAAAGGGGGUGGGGAUCAGUUAGGAUGAACAUAGUGAUACAAUUUCCACAACUGUCUGGAUGAGUUCAGUUGUGCCUAUCUUCAGCGGUCUUUGGUCAAGAGGUGGGGUCCGCCCUGGAUAGGUUACCAGCUCAUCGCAGGUUAACAUAGACACACAGAGCAAACACACAUCCAUCCCAAAGGGCAAUAUAGAGCAACUGCUCUAUAUUGACUGUUUAGUUAACUAACUAAACAGUCAUAUUUUUGGACUGUGGAAGGAAGUCGGAGUACCAUGCAUUCACAUGAAGGACAUGCAAGCUCCACCCAGAAAGACCCCAGACUGUGUUUUCCCCUGCAUGCUGAUCAGAACAGAUUUAAAAAUUAUUUUAUGAUUCACCCAGUCUGUUAUAACCUGCAUUUCCAUUACAAAUUUACACAAAACUUUUGUCAAUACUCUGCUAAUGUAAAAAAAAAAACCCACAAUUGUGCAAUUGCCGUUUCAAUUAAUAAGAAGCGCAAUUAAAAUCCCACAUGAAUAAGUUUGUACACUCAGUAAGUCAUUAAAAAAAACAUGCUGUGCCACCAUUCUCCAACUUCCUGGAGUCUUCAUGGAUUGUGCCAGUGGCAAGAUGUAAUGUCUACUUUUCACAUGACUUUCUGAGUUCAGAUACUCGUUUCCUCCCAUAAUCCCUUCAGCAUGUGAGGUAGGUUACUUGGGGACUACUUGGCCCUCCAGUGUGAGGGAGUGUGUGGUUGUUCCUGAACUGGCUCUGUGAUGGACCUGCUACCUGUUCAGGUUGACUCCGCCUCUCAACCAGUCACUGCUGUGUCAGGCUGCAGCCCUGCUCCACUAACCAGGUUUACAAGGGUAUGCAAAAAAAAAAAAAAAACUACACCAGCUGUUUUAAGGCACAAAACAACACAGCUAUUCAUUGUAGCAUCGCUUCUAAAUUCUGGUCUUUCCAUUUUUUUCAAAUUUGUUGCUGCUUUAGAAGGACAACAGUCAGUGUCAGAAAUAUUUGGAGAAAAGCUGUAUUGUCUGGUUAUUAUGAAUGAAGCAUAAUAACAGAAGUUCAAAGGAAGAGGAACUCUACACUUUUAAGUUUUAAACUGGGAAGAAUCGUGCUCUGAUCUGAAGACACCAUGCCAUUAUUGCUACAUCAACAAUCCUGUCUGGAAAUAGUGGCUGCAAUUGUUCAGUUGGAAUUUGAUAAUCAGCCUAAAUGAACCUCCCCACCCCCCCCAAAAAAAACAAAAACAAACAUUUUGCAUUUUACUGAUUCAGAUCUUAAAAGUCCAGAGAAGGCGUAAUUUCCUCUGCAUCUGGUGGAUUGGUGUUGUAGAAGGCUAGUUUGAGCACAUUUCUUUCUGGCUCUGGCUCCAGAGCCAGUUGAUACAGUUUCCUCUUUGCAUCAUCAGUGUGACCCUUCUCAACAUGUCCAACAUGGCUGCAUUUUUCUGGUCAUCCAGCAUGGACCUCCACCUGUGAUACAAGUGCCAAGAGUCUUCCCCAAACCCUGAAAUGUACUGUAGUCAUCUGGCUCUCUGAUGUUAGUCUGACCCCAAGAACAGGUGGUGGUGUGGAUGUACCUUGCCACAGCGCCUGCUCCCUCUCCCUCGUGGCGACUGAGGUUCAGGUUGGGGGAGGGUGGGAACGGGCGUCUGUGGCAGAACUUCUUCCAUUCAGGACACUGUGUACCAAAGCCUUGAAACAGCCCCCUCUUUGGCAUGAUGACAAUGUGCAAUUUCAUACUGCAUCUUGAAGACUGACUGUUUACUAUGUGUGUAAAAUAUUUUUUGGAAAUAGUGUUCUUGAAUUCUUAACUACUGUGCAAUUUCUGUUGUUUGGGAACCCCAUCAAAGUCUAUAUUGCUUGUACAUACAAAUUAACCAAAAGCCCAAUUAUUUGUAUUCAGACUGAACAUAUAUAAAUAAAUAAAUCUAUAACUUAUUUUCAGAUCUAUUUUUCUGUUGGUUCUAACAGCACUAAUCGGAGGUGUGUACUGUGCAGAGAUGCAGAAUGUGUGCAGACUGUGUUAUACAUUGACUGUUAAGUGUUCUUUAUCAAUGUUGUGCACUGACUUUAAGAUUUACAAUUAUUUAAGAGAGCUAAUGACUGCAUUUCCAAACGUGUAUUGGUCAGGAUGCAUCAUUUGCCUUGAAUGUAACGUGUUAUUAAAGAAGAGGUGGUUCAUUAGUUUGCUGUUCAUUUAUUUCAAUAAAAUAUGAAAAGAUGCUGCAAUAAUGGAAA